AUGAGCGCCUUCGGGGCUGCGGCCCCACCUUCGGGCUCCUCGGUCGCGUCGGGGGCCCGCAACGGCAGCAGCGACAGCCUGGAGAAGAUCGACAUGUCCCUCGAUGAUAUAAUUAAACUGAACAAGAAAGAAGAGAGAAAACAGUAUUCCCCCAAGAUGAAAAGGGGUCUUCAGCAGAAUCGAACUCGACAGUUCAGGACACCAGGUGCCAAGUGGGGGAUCCAGCAGCAGAAAGGUUAUGGUAAAAAUCGUUUGGGACGCAGAAAGAAGAUAGCAGGGAAGAAGCGUCCUUACGGAGUUAUAACUGGUUUGGCAGCCAAGAAAGCAGUGGGUUCACACAAGGGAAUUAGCCCUCUGAACAGACAGCCACUGAGUGAGAAGAAUGCACAGAGGAAUUACCCAGUUUUGAAAAAGAAAACAAACCUGCAGAGGCAAUCAGAAAUGCAAAGAAAACAAGCUCCACUCCUCAGGAGGCCUGCCCCACUAAACAGAAGGAAUAAUGUGCCAUCUGCUUUUGCCAGAAUUGGAAACAAACUAAAUCAGCAGAAAGACACUCGCCAAGCAACUUUCCUGUUUAGAAGGGGCCUGAAGGUGCAGGCCCAAGUGCAGUCAACAGACGAUCUUGAUAACCAGACAGUAAAGAGAACUCGCCAAUGGCGAACUUCCACCACAAGCGGAGGGAUUCUGACUGUGUCCAUUGAUAACCCAGGAGCAAUCAUAACCCCAACUUCGCAGAAAUUACGAUUAACUCGUACUCCUGUGCCACCAUUUCUGAUGAAGAGGGACCAACCUGAAGAGAAAAAGAUUCCCAAAGGAGUUCCAUUGCAGUUUGAUAUUAAUAGUGUUGGAAAACAGACGGGGAUGACAUUGAACGAACGGUUUGGGAUCCUGAAGGAGCAAAGAACAGCGCUGUCCCAGAACAAAGGAAGCCGUUUUGUAACAGUGGGGUAACCUGACGGAUGGACUUGAGCACCAUUCCCACCUACCUGAGGAACAGAUACAAGUGGGCAGAGGAAUACAACAUACAUCACUGAAAUUCUCCAGACUUCUUGCUAAGAUGGUGGCACAGCUAUCUGUUUUUAUUACUUUGAAUGGUAAAAGAUGUUGCCCAGAGAGGGGGAAUAGUGGGGAAACUGAUCUGCUGGACUGGCACCAUCACUUGGUUGGAAAAGAAUCUGUGGCUCAGCUGAUGACAAAUACUGAUUUUUGGGUCAUCUGGCAACAGAACCACAAAUACGAAUUUUAAAAGUUGGGAGUUCUUUGUUUAGGAGCGUUCAGUAUCUGUUCUUUUCUUCUCUGUUAUGGUAAGGAUUGUGUGUUUCAUUACAACCCCAUUCUAGGGUUUUUCUAGGGACCUCCUACAAACUUCCCUGCAGCUGGCACACAGCCUCAGUCCAUGAGUACUUUGGUACUGUGGUAGCAGCAUUUUUCAUGGGAGCAUUGGUUGUACUUCUUCGUGCUUUUGAAGUUCAAAUUUUUUUUUUUCUUUCUUGAAAACUAAGUGUUUUGCAUCCUUGCUUUCUCAAAUAAAGGUUUUAGCUGAGACCCCUAAAUCUGUAAUUGGGAUGAGAGACUAUUCUACUCUUAUCCUUAAAAGUGGUCCAGAUCAUAUUGGAGGACAACCGUACAGGCAGUAUGAGAGUAGUUUAUAUUGCAAAAUAUCUUAAGUUCAUCGUCCUCCUCGGUAAACGGAGUAUGUCACUCCUAAUUUUUCAUAGACCUUUGUCUUCUAUUUCUUUCUGUAAAUAUUUUCACAAACUUAAUGCAAUAACUUAACAUUUUUGAAUAGUUUCAUAGGGAUAAAUACAGCAGUUCACGAGGAAUUCAUUGGUAUGGUAGAGUUCAUACCCUCCCAGACACAGGAUCCUCAUCUUGCAUACUUUGGCCCAGAGGGUUUCCUCUGGAUCUCAAAAACAGCCAGAGACAAGCAAUCUAAGGACAUUUGUUUGUGUAUACCAAAGAGAGGUAAAAUGUGGUGCUAAUCAGCAGUGGUUAAACAUCUUGGUAUAGGCUGAAACUGGGGACCAUUGCUAGAGGAAAGGCCUUAGUUUGCCACCAUAAAGCAUUAAGGAGGAGCAUAUAAACACUUAUUUUGAUUUUAGCUUUGUGCAUCAGAAUCUGCAGGUUGGUAACAACUGGGGCAUCCUUAAUCUGAAUUUAUGUGAUUGCUAAAACUGAGGCACCUGUUUAGAAUUGCUUUCAGACCAGGAACUGAAACUUGCACUGUUCUUUAGCAAUGAGAUUUAAGUACAGUCAGGUAAAAGAAUGAUUGGCUUGCUGCAUCCAGAAAAGUUUAUGGUAUUUGAAGUGGAUUUACUUCCUUUUAUUGUUCUUGAAGAAUUUACAUUUGACUUCUUACAGAGUUUGUUUCCUUCCAUUUUUAUCUUGAAUUCCAAGUUAGGUAGCAUUUUACCUGGGAACUUUGAAGAGCAUUGGACAGUAGAAGGGCUUUUGUUUGUAUAGCAGUUUUAAACUACAGUACUUAAACCAUUAUUUUUGAUGUUGAAAAAUAUACCUUAGCAGAAGCAAUCUGAAAAUAAUGAUGGUAAGGUGGUUUGUGUUUUUAAUUACUAGUGGAAUUUUUUCUGGGGGAAAAAAUGUGUCACUGCUAGAAUUUGAGUAGAUAGUGUUGUCAGUCAUCCUGCUUCAAUGUAUACAUUUUCCAUGUGCCAGGAUGCAACAAAAAAAAAAAUUCUUUUGCAUCAACAUAGAUGCAAAACAUUGAUGCAAUGCAUCAAAAAAUGCUAGUUUGUAUUUAAUGAGAAGAUGCUUUACACUGUACCUUUUGGUAUUUUUUGGAGAAGUUACUACAUUUGAUCUAUU